AUGCCCCCCUACGCCCUCAUCACGCCCUUCCUCAUCCGCGCCCUCCUCCAUCUCCCCUUCCCUCAGACAUUCUUCCAGCCAGACGAAUUCUAUCAAGCUCUCGAGCCGGCCCACCAGAAAGUUUUUGGAUAUGGCUAUCUGUCUUGGGAAUGGACUGACCUGCCUCGGAGGGUGGUCGAAGCUGCGGUGGGGCUGGGAGGGCAGGAUGUAGUGGAGAAGUGGUGGGAUGAAACAGUUGUAGGCGGGAGGAUGAGAGGGUGGAUAUGGCCUGGGUUGUUUACCGGAGUGUAUAAGAUCCUUCAAAGUGCAGGACUUGAUCAAGGAGUCAUGCUUACUUUGGCGCCGAGAAUAGUCGGGGUCAUUGUCGCGGGCCUGACGGAUUAUUACACAUAUCGACUGUCUUCCAAGAUGCUUGGACAUGGAUCGGCCCCAACGGCACUCUUCCUCUCUCUUACCUCCCUCUUCAAUGCCCACCUUCUUCCCCGCGCCCUAUCCACCUCUCCCGAGACUCUCCUCACUUUGAUGGCCAUCUACUACUUUCCUUUACCCCAUCCCGUCCCCACCCAUAUCGAAGACCUCAAAAGGGGAGCGCGGUUGAUACCUGUAGGCAAUCGCGGCAAGAGUGCAAAAGAGGCAGAAGAAGCGGAGAUGGAGAUUUUGGGCGUGGAGGAUUCGGAUGCGACUUUUUGGGGGGUCAACGAGUUGGACUAUGUGGUGAUGGAUAGGACCGGUCCGGCUGUGGAAAGGUGGCCUGUGCAUAAGGAUAGAUUGGCGCUAUCUAUCGGACUAGCUGCUUUGGCUAUCUGUGUUCGACCUACAAUGCUGAGCUUCUGGACGUUCUUAGGGAUCAACCUGCUUUACAGAUCAUUCAGAUCUAAAGGGUUGUUAUCAGCCGUCACAGUCGCUGUCGUUGCAUUCUUGAGUUUUAUCUCCGUCUUUGCAGCCUCGACUGGCUUUGACUAUUACAUGACGGGACGCCUGUACUUUCCACUACUGACAUUCAUCCACCAAAAUUUGUUUCUCGACAUCUCCUCCUUCUACGGCCGCACUACGCCUCUAUACCACCUCACUCAGAGCUUGCCGCUCAUGCUCUUUCCUAUCUGGAUCUGGUGGGCGAAAGGUUUCGCUGCUGCCUUACUCCCUUCUUCUAUCCUACCUGCCUCGUUGUCAAAAUAUGACAGGCAAGAGGGCAUGACUAUCCUCGCCCGUGCCAUCACAUUCACAAUCACCACCCUCUCCCUCAGCCCUCACUCUGAAUGGCGCUUCCUCCACCCCCUCCUCCCACCUCUCCUCCUCUUUGCCAUCCCCUCCUUCUCCCUUUCCUACACCCCCACCAUCCUCGGCGCAUACUUUCCCGUCCGCUCUUUCCGCCAGUACCUCCGCAUGGACAAGAUUCCCUUUUACACGGUGCUCUUUGCUGGUGUUGUGCCGUUUGUAUACUUGAAUGUGUGGCAUGGUGCGGCGCAGGUGGGUGUCAUGGAUGUACUGCGGAGUGGGAAGCUGGGGGAGAUGCAAGGGCUGGUGGUGCUGGGGCCGUGCCAUAGUGUGCCGUGGAUGAGCCAUUUGCAUGAGGAUGUGCCGGGAUGGUUCUUGACUUGUGAACCUCCCGUCGGAGUCGAUGCCAGUACAUACCAGACCGAACAAGAACUGUUCUACGCCGACCCUGUCGGAUACCUCUAUUCAACCUUCCCCGCUCCUCCUUCUUCCAACGCACUCACCAACCUCACUUCCUACCCUUCCCAUGUCAUCCUCUUUGGCGAGCUUCUCUCACGAUCUGGUUUCCUCCUCACGGACGAAACGGAUGACACUGGGCUACAGAUGAAGCAGAGUACGGUUGAACAGGCGUUCGAGAUGCUGGGGUAUGGUCAAGUUUGGGAGGGGUGGGAUGGGUUUGAUUUGGCGCAGGAUGAGGAUGAGAGGAAGGGAGGGGUUAGGGUUUGGAGGAAAGAGUAG